AACUUGUAGUCAACAGCGCUGUGGAAAGAGGCCUGCACUGGUGCAGUGGGGAUGUCGAGGAGGGAGACUCAGAACGGGCCAGCAUUUGGGAUGGCCUGAAAUCUAAACCUUUUCAGUAGAGAGCAGAGAAAUUAAGCUUAAAUGGUAUGGCACCAGCCAACCUGGAUGAAUAUUUUAAGUUUGAGCAACGGGGAAAAAGUAUGGGGGGGAGGAGGGUUGUCCUGUAUUGAAAGGGGUCAGCAGGUGUGGCUUUAUGAGAAGGCAGCCCAGGCUAUGAUACCAGUGUGCAGUAUUAAAAUAUUUAAAGUAUUAAAAAAAACACGUAUUCUGAAAGUCGAUAGCUGCUUCGUUUUGGUGUCUCUUGUCCCAUACCAUCGCUGCGAGGCUGGUGGCUGGAGGCGAUGAAGGGAACAUCGCCGCCCCCCUUCUCCUGUCAGCGCCCCCGACCCUGCGGUUACGGUGCUAAACGGCUGGAUGCCCGCGGGCCCUGCCGACCCUGGCCGGCUGGAGGCGGCGCUGCCAGCCUUCAUCGCCGCCCUGCCCUGCGGAGACAGGCGCUGAGGCGGUCCCGCAGCCGUGCGCCGAAGCCCAGCCCUCCGCCAUGUCGGGCCGAGGGCCGCCCCGCCCGCGUUGCCAGGGGAGCGCCCGCCGCCAUGAGCGCCAAGCGGCUGCAGCAGCAGGUGGAGGCGCUGAGCCGCUCGGCCAGGCACUUUAAUAAAAGUGAGGUGGAAUGCCUCAUCAAGCUCUUCGACACGUUGGUGACCACGUCCAGCGACCGGUUUGGUACAGUCGGCUUCGAUCGCAACAUGUUCAGGGAUACCCUGCACAGGACGUUCGGCAUGACGGAUGACAUGGUUAUGGACAGAGUGUUCCGCACUUUCGAUAGAGACAAUGAUAGCUGCAUCAGUGUGGAGGAAUGGGUGGAAGGCUUAUCAGUAUUUCUUCGGGGGACAUUGGAAGAAAGGAUUAAAUACUGUUUUGAGGUUUAUGACCUGAAUGGUGACGGAUACAUUUCAAGAGAGGAGAUGUUUCAGAUGCUGAAAAACAGCCUACUCAAGCAGCCAUCAGAAGAAGAUCCUGAUGAGGGAAUUAAGGACUUGGUAGACAUAGCACUGAAGAAAAUGGACCAUGAUCAUGAUGGCAAGCUUUCUUUUGCGGACUUUGAAAAAGCUGUGAGAGAUGAUAAUCUUCUCUUAGAAGCCUUUGGACCAUGUCUGCCGGACAUAAAGGGCAGUUUGGCAUUUGAAAAGAAAACCUUCAAGGGAAAUCGUAAACUGUAACACCAUGUGGAAUACUGUUGCAAGCAUUCUCUUCUUCACGGUAUAGUAAAAAUAAAAACAACGCAGAACUAGUGAUUUCAAUAUUGCUUUAUUGUAAAAAAAUAUUGAAUAAAUAGAAUUUGCUUAUAUUAAA